AUGAUUCCCAAUGGACAACCGGAGAGAAAUGAAGAAGUAGGCAAUAUUGCGGUGAUGGCUAUCGGGAAUUUGCAAGAACCAGUGACUGAUUGGCGUCUUACUCAUGAACGUACGGCAUCGACUGUAACCAAGUCGGAAAAUAUUUCGACAGACGAAAAGGAAGAAGACAAGUCUCUCUUCAUAUCUAUCUAUCUAUCUAUCUAUCUAUCUAUAUUGGUAUCUAUCUAUCUAUCUUUCGAGAUUUUUUCUGUUACCGAGUUUACCGCGAGCCGUCAAAGAUAUUUUCGUUGGAUAUUCUUCGGAUUAAGUGUUACUUUUGUUUGCCUCCCACCAUCAUCUUGUGUAUCCAUUGUUGUCUUUCUUUGUCGUCUUAUUAAGGGUCAUCGACCACUUUUUGGGGCUCGUGGGGCUGCGGGGUAUUUGUCGAAGGUUUGCCCGGGACAAAAUCCUUCCCUGCAACCCAAAAAGAAAUAUGAAGCAGAAAACAUCACAGGCAACAGCACAGACAACCAAGAAAACUGGAGAGUGGCCGGAAGUCGUCAAGAAGGGGACCCAAAUGUACCACGACUUUCCUUCAGCAGCGGAAUGAGUGUCCCCAACGAGAGUCGGAGGACCAGCAAGCCAUGUGCCACAAUUAUUGUAUUUUACAAUAAUAUCUAUCUAUCUAUCUAUCUAUCUAUCUAUCUCAGUCAAUUCAUAUCUAUCUAUCUAUCUAUCUAUCUAUCUAUCUAUCUAUCUCAGUCAAUUCAUAUCUAUCUAUCUAUCUAUCUAUCUAUCUAUCUAUCUCUGGAGAUUAUGGAUAGAAAUCUACUGUUCGAUGACAUACAGCUAUCUUCUAUUUGA